CAUGAACAACCUACUGCUCUCUGCCCCUGUUGACCUUGACCUUGUUAACCACAUAGUACAAUGACCAUGGGAGGUUCAAGGAAGGCCAAAAUCAUGCAACCUCCUUGCUCCUAUGUUAUUGGAAAAGAGAAAUUAUGUAAUCCCUCAGGUGCUCUGUAUCUGACACACCAAAAUGCUUGUCAACACACCAAUUUUUAUUGUACAAGGAAUAUUGAUUAUAUCAUUAUGAUAGAUUCAGGUGCCUCCUAUGUCACCAGUUACAUCUGUACAGCCUCCAGUAUCAGGACAAAGAGUCUGAUAAAACCAAUCUGGUCAUAACCCUUUUCAAGCAGAAGUAUUGACACAAGAUUGCAAUGUUGACUGUAUAUUAGCUUGGAAGAUGGAUUUUUUGCUAGUAUUCCAUUUAAGGUCCAUGGCUAAAGUACUUACUGACUGGGCAACUCGUAUAACCCAUGUUGUUCACGAGACUGAUGGUUGGGUCUAUACGAUUUUACCCACAGAUGCGAGCUAAGGGUUAUCUUGGUACAUUAGCCUGAAUGAGACACAGUGGAACCAAGCUCUUCAGUAGAAUAGAACUUUAAGCAGAAAUGGGUGGGUGUCCUUCAGUGAAACAGUUUCCAAAGUAAUGAAUGAAGUCUGAUUGUGGAACCACACGCAACCUCAUCACCCUAUGGAUCCCACAGUAUACAGGAUGAUGUAGGCUGGCUCUCAUCUUUAAUGCUGAGGGUAUGACUCUAGAUGCUAUGUUGUGUUGAAUGAAACUCUUCUGAUUGAACUGAUGUGUAUUUGGGGGCUUUACCCAACUCUGAUGUAAGAAUAUUACCUUACCUAAACCGUUGAAUAAGAGUCCUCAUAAGUCUUUUAAGCAUAUGAUACUAUGAGGUUCUUUGUGGGUUUGCUGGCCAUACCUAUCAUCUAACUAGACUGGAUGAUGUACUUGGGGUUGGCUUUAUGUACCCAGUGCAAUACAUUCCAAGUAACCACAAACGAAUUGCCCAACCUUUCUCACCAGACAUCAAUAUAAAUGGACUGCUUGGUGUUUCUAUGCUAUGGCUAUCUUCUCACCACAAGCUGAAGUUAUCUCUACUGAAUGGCAGGUACCUGCAUUAGCUAAUCAUACUGCAGCAGCACUAAAUGUAACCCAACAAGCUAUUGGACUGAUCAACCAGGAAUUAGAACACAAAAAAUUGUAUUAGAGAACCACAUUGGACACACUGACUGCUGUUCAAAGGGGUUCCUUACAAUUAUUAACACUGAUUGUGUAGUGUAUGUAUUCUUGAUGUUUUCAAAAAUGUAACUCACAUAAUGCCUCAGAAGAAGAUCCAAAUAAAUAGAACAACUAAAAUAUGAUUCUGUCUCUACCUGGCGAGCCUCCUUUCAUUCAUGGUGGAGGAAUGGUUGUACACUAUUAUUGGAUUUUCUUAUUUGCCUUAUAAGUUGCUGCACAGACUAUUGUUUAUGUGCGAUUUGGAAGCAGUGCACAUCAGCUAUCUUCAAAAAAGUUAUGUUUCAGUUCAAUCCAUAAAGGGGUAGAUUGUGUGGAAAAAUACAGAUCAUGGCUUGAUCUAGAACUUGGGAAAGGGCUUGUGUAACUUGGGAACAAAAACAGAGUGCCUCGGUCUGAACUUCUGCACGUACCCAGAAGAAACAUGUUUACGAAAAACUACUAUGAAGCUGUAAAAAAUAUCUUUGGUUUAUUUGAAUGACCUUGCUCAUUUUGGCACGCAAUGCUUUAUUGUCUCCUGUUGUUAUAUAUAUGAGAUGGCACUAAGGGUUAGCGCGAACACUCUACUGGCCAGCCAGCUCCAGUAAUAUUAGUUCUCUAUUAAAUUGACAAAUAUUUACUGACUUCCAUGUAUUUUCUUCAGGAUCAAUAAACCACAAACAGAAGUGCUGGUUCUUCUGCAUAUCAAAUCAUACAAGAAAGAAUGACAGUGAAUCAAAGUUUAAAUUUCACAGAAAAGGACAUUUCUGAAACUGAUCCCACAAGCACAGAAUAUGAUGACCCUUCUUUCCAACAUGAGGAAAAUCUUGAAGAAAGUGACCAGUUGAAGGCCAAGAAAAAAAAGAAAAAAGAUAAGACAGAGAAAAAGGUGGUUGGCAUCUUUGAACUGUUCCGCUAUGCUGAUUGGGUGGAUAUACUUUUGAUGGUAGUUGGUUUGAUCGCAGCUGCUGCUAAUGGUACUGGAUUACCACUCAUGAUCAUUAUCUUUGGAGAUAUGACAAAUGCCUUUGUUCUAAGUGGUGUGAACUCAAGUAUGUCAGAAGGUCCUUCAGUAAAUAAUUCCAGUUGCCAACCAGCUACAGGUGUAGAUAUAGAAGCUGAAAUGACAAAGUUUGCUUACUACUAUGUGGGAAUUGGCUUUGCUGUGUUGAUCCUGAGCACCGUCCAAGUAUGGACAUUUUUGAUAGCUGCUACAAGGCAAACAUCAAGGAUUCGGCGGAAGUUCUUUUUUGCAGUGCUCCAUCAGGAGAUGGCUUGGUUUGAUAGUACCCAGAUAGGAACACUGAACACUAGACUUACUGAUGAUAUCAACACCAUCCAUGAAGGCAUUGGAGAUAAGAUCUGUAUAUUUGUACAGUUUUUUUCCACAUUUCUGACAGGGAUUAUUAUAGGAUUUGUCCAUGGGUGGAAGCUAACACUGGUGAUUUUGUCAGUCAGUCCACUGCUUGCUGCAUCAGCUGCAGUCUGGUCAACUCUUCUGGCAUCCCUUACAGCUAAAGAGCUAUCUGCUUAUGCCAAAGCAGGAGCUGUGGCAGAAGAGGUUUUGACUGCAAUCAGGACUGUUGUGGCUUUCAAUGGACAGCAGAAGGCAUUAGCAAAAUAUGAUACUAAUCUAGAAGCUGCUAGACGUGUUGGAGUGAAAAAAUCCAUUACUACCAACACAUCUCUGGGUGUUUCCCAAUUUCUUAUUUUUGGAUCCUAUGCACUUGCAUUUUGGUAUGGAACAAAGCUCACUGCUGAGGAGCAAGAAAAUUAUGACAUUGGUCGUGUGUUAAUUGUGUUCUUCUCUGUGCUUAUUGGAGCUUUUUCCCUAGGACAAGCAGCUCCCAACUUGGAGAGUGUGGCUAAUGCGCGUGGGGCUGCCUAUGAAGUAUAUCAAAUUAUCAAUAAGAAACGGCUUAUAGAUAGCAGUUCUAAGGAAGGCUACAAACCAGAUAAGCUCAAAGGAGAAAUUGAAUUCAGGAACAUCCAUUUCAGUUACCCAUCCAGGCCUGAUAUUACAAUCCUCAAAGGUCUAAACUUGAAAGUUCAAACUGGGAAGACCAUUGCUUUAGUUGGUGCUAGUGGCUGUGGGAAAAGCACCACUGUUCAGCUCCUGCAAAGAUUCUAUGAUCCUGACCAAGGAGAAGUCACCUUAGAUGGUCGGGAUAUUCGGACACUUAAUGUAAAGUGGCUAAGAGAAAAUAUUGGUAUUGUGAGCCAGGAGCCUGUUUUGUUUGCAACAACAAUAGCUGAGAACAUUCGCUACGGCAGAGAAGACAUUUCUGAUGCUGAAAUUGAACAAGCAGCCAAGGAAGCCAAUGCUUUUGACUUUAUAUCUCGACUGCCUGAUAAAUUUAACACCAUGGUAGGGGAGAGAGGGGCUCAGCUGAGUGGAGGACAGAAGCAACGAAUAGCUAUUGCUCGUGCCCUGGCAAGAAAUCCAAAGAUUCUUCUUCUGGAUGAAGCUACAUCCGCUCUAGAUACUCAAAGUGAAUAUGUAGUUCAAGCAGCUCUUGAUAAGGCUCGGACUGGACGUACCACUAUUGUGAUUGCACAUAGAUUGUCUACCAUCAGGACUGCUGACACUAUUGCUGCAUUUGAGAAAGGCAUUGUGGUUGAACAAGGAACUCACAGUGAACUCAUGUUGCAGAAGGGAGUCUACUAUUCUCUUGUCAUGCAGCAAAGCGGUAGCAAUAACGUUCAAGAUGAUGGUACAUCAGAAGAAGAUGAAGAAACUGAAGCCGAGGAAUAUGAGGAAAAUGACAAAAGUAGUUCUGUGGAGAAACUGAACCUUAAAGAUCAAUUUGAAGAACCAGUGACAACUGGUAGAGGCAGCAUUCGUAGAAGGUCCAGCAGAUACAAGAGUAAAAGAUCUUCUUCCAAGAAAAAGUCCUCUAAAAAGAAGAAAAAAAAAGAACUGGAGGAAGAAAAUCUCCCUGCUGUGCCUUACUCAAGAAUCCUGGCUCUGAAUAAACCUGAGUGGCUAUAUGUACUACUGGGAGUGAUUGCUGCUGCUGUCUCAGGGGGGGUCCAUCCUGCAUUUGCCGUUAUAUUUGGAAAAAUCAUUGGGGCUUUUCAAGAAAAAGAUCCAGAAAGGAGGAAUAAAAACACUUUGGUACUUUCUCUAAUGUUUCUUUUACUUGGAGUGAUUACCUUAGCAACAUACAUAAUCCAAGGAUUCAUGUUUGGAAAGUCUGGAGAAAUACUAACAAUGAGACUGCGUUCUUUGUCCUUCAAAGCAUUACUUCAGCAGGAGAUUGGAUGGUAUGAUGAUCAGAAGAAUGCUGUUGGAGUUCUGUUAACUCGACUUGCUACAGAUGCUUCCCAAGUCAAAGGGGCAACUGGAAGCCGACUUGGACUGAUGACUAUGACUGUCUUUACCCUUCUGACUGCCGUCAUUAUUGCUUUUGUGUACGGCUGGCAGCUGACUUUGCUUAUCCUGGCCUGCAUUCCUUUCGUUAUUGCUGCAAAUGCUGCAAAUGUUAGCUCUGUGUCUGGUCAUGCAGCAAAAGAUCAAAAAGCUUUGGAGGAGGCUGGAAGAGUUUCAACCGAAUCAGUUGAAAAUAUAAGAACUGUUGCUUCACUGACCAGGGAAGAAGCAUUCUAUGAGAAGUACAUAAACAGUUUGAAUGGUCCAUAUAGAGAUUCUCUAAAAAAAGCCCCUUUGUAUGGAUUUACCUAUGGAAUAGCUCAGUCUGCAAACUACUUCGUUAAUGCAGCAGUCUUCAGAUUUGGGGCAUGGCUCAUUGCUCGUUGUUUGACUAACUUUGAAAAUGUAUUUAUAGUCUUCUCUUCUGUCAUAUUUGCAGCAAUGAAUGUUGGUCAGUCUGCUUCCCUGGCACCAGAUUAUGGCAAAGCUAAAGUUUCAGCUCAAAGAAUCUUUCAUCUUUUGGAUAGAAAACCUCAAAUUGAUAGUUACAGUGAAGAAGGUGAAAAAUUGAGUAAUUUUGAGGGCAACAUUGAAUUCAGAAACAUCAAUUUUGUAUAUCCAACAAGACCAGAAGUUCAAGUUUUGCAAGGACUUAAUGUGAAGGUUAACAAAGGACAGACUCUGGCAUUAGUAGGAAGCAGUGGCUGUGGCAAAAGCACGUCCAUUCAGCUCUUGGAGAGAUUUUAUGAUCCUGUGGAAGGACAAGUGUUAGCAGAUGGAUUUGAUACCAAGUCUUUGCACUUACAAUGGCUGAGGUCUAGGCUGGGUCUAGUGUCACAGGAACCUAUUUUGUUUGACUGCAGCAUCGCUGAAAAUAUUCAAUACGGAGACAACAAUAGGCUUGUUAGUCAGGAGGAAAUUGAAGAAGCAGCUAAAGCAGCAAAUAUUCAUGCCUUCAUUGACAAACUGCCAGAGAAAUAUAAUACUCGGGUGGGUGAGAAAGGAACACAACUUUCUGGAGGUCAAAAACAAAGGAUAGCAAUUGCCCGAGCUCUGGUUCGUAAUCCUGCUGUUCUGCUUCUAGACGAAGCUACUUCUGCACUUGACACAGAAAGUGAAAAGAUUGUUCAGAAAGCUCUGGAUAAUGCCCGGCAAGGUCGAACCUGCAUUGUAAUUGCACACCGCCUGACAACCAUACAGAAUGCAGACAUCAUCGCGGUGAUCCAGAAUGGCAGGGUGGUGGAGCAGGGUACCCACAGCCAGCUACUGGCAAAGGAAGGACACUACUAUGCCCUUGUAAAUGCACACGUCUCUAAUUAGUGCUGUUAGUAGAAUUUUUGUUUGUUUUUCCUGGGAAGAUGUGAAAAGCUGACAGAGAAGUAAUGUUGGUUGUAUCUCUGCUGAUGGAACAGUGGCCAUGCAGUGUGUAGCCUGGUUGCUCUACCUGGUGUUGUCAUUGACCUAUGUACCCAGAGAGGAAUAAACAGUGUAUGCCCAUGGGCGAUAGGUACAUGUGGCAGCCCAGGGGCUGGGCAUUUGGAGGGAUAGUGUGAUCUGGAGAGAGCCAGACCUGAAGCAGUCUCAUCCAGUCCACCAGUUCAGGUGGGAGAACCCAGAUCUUUGUCCCCUGAAACUCUGGCCCACAUGAAUUGACCUAGAUCAAGGGUUGUUCAUGAGUGUGGCAAUGGCUAACUGUCACGGAUAAGCAGAAGGCUGCUUGUGCUUGCUUCUGUUUUUUUUGUUGUUUUUUUUUUUCCACCAACAAGAUGCAGCUGCGAAGUUUUCUUUAUGGUUUAGGAGCUGUUGAUUGUCACAGAUAAUAUUUGAAAUAAAAGCAUUUCUAUCUCAUUUAGAGAGAAGUGAUUGUUUUUUACACUUCUUGCCAUAUUUCUGAUAUUAUUCUCCUUCAUACAUAUUUUGAGGAUUCAAUGCUGUAUUUCAAAUGAUAAUUGUAAUAGUGGAAAGCUUCCAUAGAGUCGUAUAUAUUAUAUAGUUUAUAUAGUGUCUGUUGUACUUUUCAACUGCAGUCAUUUGGGUCACUUCAAAAGUUUUGUAGGACAGAGCUAGGAUGGCUGCUUUGGAGUGGAGUCACUGUUACAUUCCCUUUUUCUUUAUUUCUGCAGUGGAAUUAAGCAGUGAAUUCUUAAUUUAGGGGAAAAAAUAUGUUAUUGCUUAAUCUACUAACAUUCUCGGGGAAGAAAAGGGUGAUUGUUGCUUUGGGUUGGAUGCGUAUGUGUUUUUUCAUUACAGUUGUAAUAAAUUGCA